AUGUCGUCUCCGUCGAAUUGGUUCGUGGGAAGAAUCCUUCUGUCCGUUUUCUUCGUACUUUUGCUGCUUCUGACCAUCGGCGUUGGCUCUCUCGCUCUUCUGAUGAUCUUUCGCGAGAAGAAACACCGCAGUCCACCUUCGAAUGAACCGAUAGGUGGGCUAUUUUUGCAAAUAACCUGGUAGGAAUUUUUUCAAAAGUCCUAGUAACUCCAAAAUGGUUCCUGUAGAGGCAACCUGAGGCCCUUGAAAGCUCCCCUUAGACUUUACCUCCUCUUUAGCGGCCACUAAAGCUUGCAAACGUGGCCUUUAGGGUUUAGGGGUUUUUGUAAGUAGCCCCUAGAGGGGCUCGCUAGACAAAUUGUUAUGAACUCUAUGAGAAGAAGCAUUGAAACGAAAAAAAAUUUGAAGACUCUAUAGGGACCACUUGAGCUUUAGGGUCUUAAGGAUCAGACCCUAAAACCCUAUAGAGACCUCCUAAACUUAACCCCUAUAGGGGCGCUUUUUGUCCUCUAUAGAGCCUGUUUUUUUCUCAAACCCCUCUAGGGGCCACUCUGGCGUUCCUAGGUGAAUAUUCAAAUCUGCGAAAAGCCUGUAGAUUCGAUGUUAGCGAUUCAAAAUGGUUCAUGGCGGAGUUUGGUUCAAAAAGCAACGUUUAAUUUCAGUAUUGGAGAAAAAACCGUCUCCCCCCUUGCCCCCUCCCGUGGACAACAAACCGUCUCCAGCCGUGCCUGCUCCUGUCGAGAACAAACCGCCCCCAGCCGCGCCCCUUCCUGUUAAGCCAUCUCCUCCUGUAACUCCGCCUCCUGCAGCAGCUCCGCCUGCUCCUGCCAAAACGGCGCCUCCUCCUGCAGCAGCUCCACCUCCUCCUGCCAAAAAGACGCCGCCUGCGGCAGCUACUCCGGCAGCCCCUGCAAAUCCUCCGAAAGCUUCGGCGUCGCCAGCCGCAGCCAACAAGUCUAACAAAAAACCCGUUGCUGAAUCGAAAUCAAAAAAGAAAACCAAAUAA